CGUUCUGCUGUUUGGUUGAUUUGCAUAUUAGCUUUUUAUUAUAUAGGAUUUCUCUGCACCUAUUGAGGUGAUCUUACAGAGCCCCUUUAACACACUGUCAUGACGAGUUAUAGUUUUUUCUGUUUUUCUAACAUCCGUCCAGUCUUACAUCCCUGUCAAUUCGUCCAGUUUAACCAUGGCGUGUCAUCCUUUUGAGCAAUUGCUGGAUGCCAUUUUGCUUAGGAUUUCAGCAUCUCUUUCCUAAAUGAGGUCAGCAUGGAAUUAUUUUCCUUCCUCCUGCUGAAAAUUGCAAACCAGCACCUAUCCCGGGCAUUCCCAGUCCCAUUCCCUGCUUUAUUGUCUCCUUAGAAAUUAUCACCCCUGACAGUAUGUAUUUUGCAUAUUUGGUUAAUGUCUGUCUCCAUCAUCAGAAUGUCAGCUCCACUCGGGCAGGGAUCUUGUCUCCUCUGCUGUGUCCCCAGGGCCAGGCCCAGGGCCCGGCAUAGAGCAGUGAGCCGAGCGAAUAAUGUCCCCCACCUCCCACUCCCUCCGGAGGCAGGUAUGAGCACCUGGUGAACAUGCUGACCAAAAUCCUGAACCAGCGCCCAGAGGAUCCCUUGGCCAUCCUGGAGUCGCUGAACCGCACGACACAGUUGGAGUGGUUCCACCCCAAGCUGGACUCGCUGCGGGAUGACCCCGAGAUGCAGCCCACCUACGAGAUGGCCGAGAGGCAGAAGUCGCUGUUCGUCCGGGGCGGCGGCAGUGCGGAGGGCGAGCAGGAGAUGGAGGAGGAGGUGGUAGACACGGCCGUGCCCAACGUCAUGGAGUCGGCCUUCUACUUCGAGCAGGGUGGCGUGGGCCUGAGUUCCGAUGAGAGUUUCCGCCUCUUCCUGGCCCUGAAGCAGCUGGUAGAGCAGCAGCCCAUCCACACCUGUCGCUUCUGGGGCAAAAUCCUGGGGCUCAAGCGCAGCUACCUGGUGGCCGAGGUGGAGUUCCGGGAAGGCGAGGAGGAGGUGGAGGAGGAGGAGUUGGAGGAGCUGACCGAGGGUGGCGAGAUCAUGGAUGCCCACGGCGAGGAGGAAGGCGAGGAGGACGAGGACAAGGUCGCCGACAUCAUCCCCAAGCCGCUCUGGAAGCCACCGCCUGUCAUCCCCAAGGAGGAGAGCCGCUCCGGCACCAACAAGUACCUGUACUUCGUGUGCAAUGAGCCCGGCCGGCCGUGGACCAAGCUGCCACACGUCACGCCCAACCAGAUCGCGCAGGCCCGCAAGAUCAAGAAGUUCUUCACCGGCUACCUGGACGCGCCGGUCAUCAGCUACCCGCCCUUCCCGGGCAACGAGGCCAACUACCUGCGGGCCCAGAUCGCGCGCAUCUCCGCGGCCACACACAUCAGCCCCCUGGGCUUCUACCAGUUCAACGAGGAGGAGGGUGACGAGGAGGAGGAGGGCGGCGCUGGGCGAGACUCCUUCGAGGAGAACCCGGACUUUGAGGGCAUCCCCGUGUUUGAGCUGGUGGACUCCAUGGCCAACUGGGUGCACCACAUGCAGCACAUCCUUCCGCAGGGCCGCUGCACUUGGGUGAACCCUUUGCAGAAGAAGGAGGAGGAGGAGGAGCUAGGGGAGGAGGAAGAGAAGGCCGAUGAGGGGAUGGAGGAGGCGGAGCAGGAGAUUGGGCCCCCUUUGCUGACGCCGCUCUCAGAAGAUGCAGAGAUCAUGCACAUGCCGCCCUGGACCGCCCGCCUGUCCUGCGCCCUCUCCCCGCAGUACUCCGUGGCGAUCGUGCGCUCCAAUCUCUGGCCGGGGGCCUGUGCCUUCGCCGUGGGCAAGAAGUUUGAGAACCUGUACAUCGGCUGGGGCCACAAGUACAGUCCGGACAACUUCAACCCGAUGCUGCCACCGCCCAUCCAGCAAGAGUACCCCAGCGGCCUGGAGAUCAUGGAGAUGAGCGAUCCCACGGUGGAGGAGGAGCAGGCCCUGAAGGCUGCCCAGGAGCAGGCCCUGGCGGCUGCGGAGGAAGAGGAAGAGGAUGAGGAGGAAGAUGAGGACGAGGACCCGGAGGACUGAGGCCCGACAGGCCCCUCCCCCAACCAGGUAGAUAGAUAGAUAGCGCGUUGUUCCUUAUACAUAGUUAUGAGCUAUUUUUUCACUGUUAGUUUGCUCUCUGCCCCUGGAAGGCAGCUGCUCUGAAUGAAAUGUUCCCAUGGCAUUACGACCCGGUCAUUUAUUCAUUUGCUCACCAAUCUGUUGGCACGACCUCCGCGUCGGGGCUCUCGGGCUCUGCGGGGAACACUGACACUGCUCUGCGUAGUCUCUCCCCUCUGUUUCACUUACUCAUUCAUCUGGACCUGAAAUGCCUCUGUGAGCCUAGGCCUGUGUGCUCAGUUGGUGGGAGCGUUGUCCUGUGCUCCGA